AUGUAUACCAUGACAUCUACGAAGCUGUACAUGCAAGCCAUGCAGCAUUUGAUAGACGGUUUAAAGCAAUUGCCAGAGCCACGCUUUAAAAACUAUCGAAUCGACAACGAAAAUUCGAAUAUUACCGACGUAUCAAAGGUAUUAGAAUCUUUUGAAGACAUUUCUGUCGAGAAAGUGGAACAAUUAUCCACCAAUAACAACAUAGUAGCACAAAUCAAACAAGAAUGUGAACGAAUAAACCAGCAAAAAGAAGGUAUGUCGGUUUUCGAGUCUGUGAAGUCCACCGUAGGACUGUCAAACUCCGACGAGGAGCUACAAUCAUCUUUAUUCGACCUCUUGGGAUUUGAAGAAUUUGACUUGAUCACCAUGAUCAUGCAAAACAAGUCUGUUUUGCUGAAGGAUGAGACGGAAAAAAACGGUGAUUCCGCUUUCUUCACACCGGAUCAACUAGCGAAACAACUUGCGGCAACCCAGCAACGAAACAAACUUGAUAAUGCUAACUUAAAGUUCAACAAGCAUCGAAAAUACCCACACGUUUUCAAAAAUGCGGAUCCUGGCGAUUUGAUUGCUAUUACUGGCAAAAAACUUGCACUUCCAACGGGAACAACUCGAAAUAGUUAUGCAACUCAUGAAGAAAUCGUCAUUCCAUAUCCAGACACAAAGUCCAACAAAUGGAUUUCUGAUAGCGAUUUGAUUGUGGUGGAAAAUCUUGAUUUCUUGUGUAAGGGAACGUUCAACAACUAUAAGACACUUAACAAGGUCCAGUCGUUGGUGUACCCUGUGGCAUACAAUACCAACGAAAACAUGUUAGUUUGUGCUCCGACCGGUGCGGGAAAAACUGAUAUUGCUCUUUUGACAGUGUUACAUACCAUCAACCUGUUUGUAACCGAAAGUGUCGGCGACGAGGAAAUUAACAUUGACAUUGACUAUGAUGAGUUUAAAAUAGUUUACGUUGCUCCACUUAAAGCAUUAGCAGCUGAAAUCGUUGAAAAAUUCAGCAGUAAAUUAAAAUGGCUCGGAAUAUCUGUCAAAGAAUUGACUGGAGAUAUGCAACUUACCAGGGCAGAAAUUAUGACUACUCAGAUCAUUGUCACCACUCCAGAAAAGUGGGAUGUGGUUACAAGAAAGCUGACUGGCGAUAGCGAGCUUGUGUCCAAAGUGAAGUUGUUAAUUAUAGACGAAGUGCAUUUGUUGCACGAAGACCGAGGAUCUGUCAUUGAAUCUUUAGUUGCUCGUACCUUACGACAAGUGGAGAGCACGCAGUCUAUGAUACGUAUAGUUGGUCUCUCUGCAACCUUACCCAAUUACGUUGAUGUUGCCGACUUUCUUGGUGUGAAUCGUUCGGUUGGAAUGUACUACUUUGACCAAUCUUUCCGACCCAUUCCCCUUCAGCAGCAAUUGCUCGGUGUUAGAGGUAAAGCAGGUAGCAUGACUUCUCGAGAAAACAUAGACAAAGUAUCCUAUGAUAAACUCGUGGAGUACAUAGAACAGGGCUUACAGGUGAUGGUAUUUGUGCACUCGAGAAAAGAUACAAUUAAAUCUGCCAGAGGAUUCAUUGCCCAAGCACAAAAAUUCAACGAAACUUCACUCUUUGACUGCUCAGAAUCGCCUAGUUAUGAAAGAUUUAAAAGGGAUGUUGCAGGGAAGAACAGAAACAAAGAUUCUCGUGAAUUGUUUCAAAACGGAUUUGGUAUACAUCAUGCUGGAAUGCUUAGAUCAGACCGAAACCUAACAGAGAAAAUGUUUGCUUCCGGUGCCAUAAAGGUACUUUGCUGUACAGCAACAUUAGCUUGGGGUGUUAAUUUACCGGCUGCCGUAGUUAUCGUCAAAGGUACUCAGGUUUAUGAUGCUAACAAGGGAGGUUUUGUCGAUUUGGGGAUCUCUGAUGUCAUUCAGAUAUUUGGAAGAGCAGGAAGACCUCAGUUCGAAAAGUUUGGUACAGGUAUCUUAUGCACCACAAGUGAUCGACUUGACCAUUACGUCUCAUUAAUUACCCAGCAGCAUCCAAUUGAGUCGAAGUUGGCAUCUAAAUUGAUCGAUAAUUUGAAUGCAGAGAUAUCUCUUGGCUCGGUGACCAAUGUUCAUGAAGGAGUUCAGUGGCUUGGGUACACUUAUUUGAUGGUCCGAAUGCGUAAGAACCCAUAUUCCUAUGGAAUCGAAUGGCGAGAAUUGCAAGAUGAUCCUAUGUUAACAACUAGGCGGCAUACUAUGAUAGUGAAUGCAGCAAGAAGACUUCAUCAAUUGCAAAUGAUUAUUUUUGACGAGGACUCUGGUACUUUUAUACCCAAGGAUUUGGGAAGAAUUGCAUCUGACUUUUAUCUACUUAACAACACUGUUGAAAUAUUCAAUCAACUGUUGAGCCCUCGGGCUACCGAGGCAGAUGUUCUAGCAAUGAUCAGUAUGAGCAGUGAAUUUGAUGGCAUCAAGUUUCGUCAAGAAGAAGCUAACGAGCUCAAAGCGCUUAUGGAAAAUGAAAUUCCUUGCCAGAUACCAGGAGACAUUGAUUCUGCUCCGGGGAAGACCAAUAUUUUGUUACAGGCGUUUGUGUCGCAUGCGACCAUCAAGGACUCUUCAUUGAUAUCAGAUUGCAACUAUGUGGCUCAAAACUCUGCUAGAAUUUGCAGAGCGUUGUUUCUUGUGGCUGUGAACAGAAGAUGGGGAAGUCUUCUGAAAAUCUUACUUUCGCUUUGCAAGUCGAUAGAUAGACGGAUAUGGGCAUUCGACCAUCCUAUGGUACAGUUUGAUCUUCCAACCUAUCUUACGAAACUUGCGAGCAAAAGCACCUAG